CGAUUCAUUUGCGAAGUGUUCUAGAUUCAAUUUAUAUAUAUUAACCAAAAACAGCUGAUUGAGAAAAAUUUCGUUCACUUUCCAAUACUAUUUUAUAAUUCAAUGAAGAAGAAAUAAAACAGGAAUAACUGAAUAAUAUUCCUAUCUGGCAAAAUUCAAUAGUAUAUUAAAAAUGAAUGAUCCCAACAAAGUAAUAAAUGUUAAUCUUUCGUCUUUGCUAAGUCUAAAAGUCGAAUUAUUACGCAAACAAGCCGAGGUAAAUAAGGCUAAAGCGUUGCAAACGGAUGAAUGCAAGGGAUUGAAGGGAGUUGAGAAAGUUUGCGACGACGAUGGUUUGAUGCAGAGAAGACGUAAUAAAAAGAGAGUUGAGAAAGUGAUAAAUAAGAGUGGAGACGCCAAAGUUAUUGAACAUGAAGAUUCAGUUUUGUUGGAAAAAUCGCGAAAGGUUUUAGAAGCCAAAGCCAAAUUUUAUGAACGCAUGAACGCAUCAGGUGGUACCCUGAAUUCCGAUGAUAAUUGUUUAGUUUUGUUUAAUAAGAAAAAGCAGGAGAAAGAUAGUGAAGCAAAUGUAGAGGAUCAGCAAAACUUUGAUGUCCUUGAUGCAACGAGCAGUGAGAGUGAAGAAGAUAAUGACGAAUCCAUAGAUUCAGACGACGAAUGGGUAGAGUAUACAGAUUGUUUAGGGCGGACACGAAAAUGUUUACGCAAAGAUUUGGAGAAUGCGAAACAAAAAGAUGCUGAUUUAGCAGCUAGCAUACCUGAAAGAUUGGAUCAGACCAAAGCUAAUUGGAUGAUUAAUACUUUGGCAAAUGAAAAUGCCACUAAAGAUGCUGAUAAUGACGGCAUGAGCACAAUUGGCCCAUUACCGCCGCAAUCUGUGUUCGGUGAUGGCUGCUCGAUGAUGUCCAAGCACGAGGAACAGAAAGUUAAUUGGGAGCGCAAAGAACAAGAGAAUUUAGAAAAGAAAGACGUUCAUUAUCAAGACGUAUUCUUUGAUGAAGCUCGUCAGCAUGGCGUUGGCUAUUACGCGUUCUCUACAGACGAAGAAGAGCGUCGACGUCAGCAGAAGGAAUUAGAAAAGACCCGCGAACAGACCAUAGAAGAGCAGGAUAGAAGAGAGGCUUUACGUGCUCAGCGAGAAAAAAUUAUAGCUGAGCGUGUUUUUGCGGCAAAGAACAGACAAAGGGCACGUCUAGGAUUACCACCUUUGGAGGCAAAUGCUGAGCUAGAGAAGGAGAAAAACGAACCUAAAGAAACGAAAGAAGAACGCAAAUUGCGAAAACAGGCCAAAAAGCUAGCGAAGAAACAAGAAAAAGAGGAACAGGAACGCGAAUAUGAAAGACAACAUCAUAUUAGGCCUUGGGAUCGCAGCAAACAUGGUAUUCCUAAGAAUUUGGUCGUAAAUCAGCCUCAGGAUGAAAAAUGGUCUUAUAAACCUGAACGUGAGCCUAUGACGCAAGAACAAUGGAAUGAACACAAAAGGUCAGAGCGGAUACAAGAAUUUGCUCCACCUACAGAGGUACCAUUCAAACGGAAAAGCUUUUCUUCUAUACCCUCAACAGUGCCACCACGGCCUCCACCAUCUUUGAGCCCUAAUAGUUUAACGCCACAUAAUGAAGACAUAGAGACUUUCAUUAGCUACCAAAGCACUAAAAAAUCUCCGAAAUAUUUUAAGAAACGUAAUUACAUCAAUGACGAGAACGAAGCAGAGGAUAGUCAAAGUGCUUCUAGCAAAGCUAGUGUCGACGAUGAAUGUCAGUAUAAAGCAAAGAAAACAAAAUCGUCCGAAAAUCUUGAGCAAUCGAUAGAAGCUGGUUUGCGUUUUCUGCGUAAUAAUUAUGAUAAGCAAAUGCCUACCUGUAAAAGCACUUGGACAGCAAAGGCAGAUUAUUAAGAAUGUUCUUUUUUAACUUUCAUUUAAAAAUAUAUUACAUAGAAAUCGAAUUAUAUAUAAUUGGAUUCCUUAUUAUACUAUUAUUUUUCUCUCAUACAUAAUAAAUUAUAAAAAUAUUGUGUUU